CAUUAAAGACUUGGCAAACCAAGUUCAGAAGGAAAAAGAAGAACUUGACAAUGUCAUCACCAUUAGUGCUAUGAAACAAAAAGAAUUAGACCUCAAGGAUGAAGACAUCAAAAGACAGGCACAAGACUUGCAAAAGAGCCGUGACACCAUGCUGGCAGAAAGAGAAGAGCUGGAACUUUUCAGGAAGGAUCUCCACCAGAAGAAAGAAGACAUUGAAGCUACCUUGGAAGGUAUCGAUGGAGAGAAAGAAUAUCUCAAGCAAAUUAAAGCUGACAUUGAUAGAGACAGAGAAAUGCUUGGAGAUGAAAAGGACAGACUGGAGAUAGACUGGUCCAACCUGAGAAUGAGAGAGGAGGAGCUCUUCACAAAACUGACAGCCACUGAAAAUUUGAGGGCAAAACUCAAACAGCUGAAUGAUAGGUCACGUGAAGACAUUAGAACAAAAAUGGACAGAUUGCAACAGAAAAAUGAAGCCAUAGAAAAACUCUGCACUACACUGAAGGAAAAGCAUGUGCAACUUGAUGAGGAGAAAGAAAAGAUGGAUGCUUAUGUUGAAAUGAUUGGGAGAGAAAAGGAAAGACUGAUGAGAAUGAGGUCAAAUAUGCGCAUACAACAUCAAGUAACGGAGAAUGAAGUGAACAAAAAGCUGUUGAUGGAAAAACAUAAGGACGACCUAGGAAUUAAAAGACAAGAUACACGAAAAAUCCAAGAUGAUCUACAACUGCAACAAAAUGAUUUUGGUCUUGUCAUUGGUAAGACAAAGAGAGAGGAAGGGAGAGGUGUUGAGGAAAUGGUUCUCCAAACUAAGAAAAAGAUAGAUGAAUUUGAGCCUGAACCUGUUAUGAAAACAGUAGAUGACCAGAGCACUGAAAUGAAGGCAAGAAAACAAACACAAAUUAAAAAUGUAGUUGAACUUUUACAGAAUUUAAAGACAAAGAAGGAAGACAUUGACCAGAAGACGCUUCAGUUAGAAACACAAAUAACCAAAGAUAAGAUUGAGGAAAAAGACAACAUGUUGAGACCUACUGAGCUUGAAACAGGGGACAUUUACACACACAGACUGGAAAAAGAUUCUCCACAAUACACUGACAAAGAUCUUGAACAAAUGGCAAUACCAGGCCAGGAUGAUUUCACAGAGGAUGACAUCUCAGAAAUAGAUCACUUAAGAAAGAUCUGGAAAGAGACUAAAACAGAGCGGAAGGAGAUUGAUCAAAUUAAGCGCAGAGGUCAUGAGAUGAAGAAGAACCUGGAAAAAAGACUCAAGUUGAUCAACGAUUUUGUUAGGAAAACUUGGGUACAAAGAGAUAAAGAGCCAUUACAAAAGAUGGAUGUUGUGCUGGAGCAAGGACAUCUUACCCAUGAAAGUCACCGGGAGACAGACCGAAAGAUGCUACAUGACAAAUACAGAGAGCUCGAGCUACUUAAGGUACAGAUGCUCAGACAGAUUGAAAAACUAAAUUUCAAAGAAAAAGUUGCAACUACUGAGAAAGCCAUGCAAACACUCGAAGUGGAUGUAACCACACAGGGAGUGAUACUGCAGCUGACAGAGGAACAAACUGACAGGACGGCCAAAAAGUCUCAAGUGACUUGUCAAGAACAAGGAGAACAAGCUGAGGAGCAGAAGAUCCAAGAAAGUGCCGCAGCUUCAGGCAGAUCCACUGGACUGGCAUUACUGCGACAUUACUGCUAUCGCUGCUGCUGCCCAUGCUGCGACUGCUGUGGACAAGUGUGCAAUGAAGAGGCAUAA